AUGGAUGCAGUCGCGACGCCGACUGCAAUAGUGCGCGAGGGGCCGCGACUGAAAGAACAAUCAGUCAAAGUUUUGGACGAAGCCACGCGAAAUCGUCGCAAACGAAGAGCGCUCGAAGCACUCGAGCAGGAUAACUUCCAGGAUGAUCCCCACGGAAAUCUCGUGAUGCACAAGAAAGCGCCGAAAUUCGAAGAAGCUCUGCAAGAUACUUCGAGCUCGUCGGUGAAGAGGCGGUCGACUGCGGGCCGCGGCGCUAAAUCUGCCGAUUAUUGGAAACAGAAAUCACGGAAAAACGUUGCUAUGCUUUUGGAAGAAGAACUGCAGGCGGUUGGAUUGAAACCACCGAAUUACGCUUCUGCCCGAGCGGGGCCUUCCCGCAUUCCAUCUCCGAAAUUAUGCGCCGUGGAUGAGGACUAUAUCCAGGACAAGUUCAACUUGACGGGUUUGAAUGAGCAAGUUCCGCACUACCGGCAAGCGUUGGAUAUGAUUUUAGAUCUCGAACCAGGUGCGGGUGGCAGCUCGUAUCCAGUAGUUUUGACGACAGUGUCCUCUCAAUCACACAUGGCCAGUGCUGGUGCCAUGAACAUGCCUUUUAACGCGCGACUUGAUCGAUCAAGGUCAAAUCCGCCCCGAAACCGUGCAUCGCAAUGGCCGCGUGGUCACGAGGCAGAACGUAAUGAGCGUUUGCGAGACGAAGAGCUGGAAGACAACCCGAAUCAAAGUGAUUUAGUGGAACAGGCUGCGGAAAUGCUGUACGGCCUGAUCCACGCAAGGUACAUACUGACGAACCGCGGAAUAGCCCAGAUGAUCGAGAAGUACCAGGCUGGGGACUUCGGCCACUGCCCGCGGGUCUACUGUGAAAACCAGCCUAUGCUGCCGAUUGGGCUGUCCGACGUGCCCGGAGAGGCCAUGGUGAAGCUCUACUGUCCCAAGUGCAUGGACGUCUAUAACCCGAAGAGCUCGAGGCAUCAUCACACUGAUGGGGCUUACUUCGGAACUGGAUUUCCGCAUAUGCUGUUCAUGGUGCAUCCUGAAUACCGUCCGAAGCGCCCUGCGAAUCAGUUUAUAGCAAGGUUGUAUGGAUUCAAGAUUCACCCAGUUGCGUACCAGAUCCAACAGCAAGCUGCGGCGAAUUUCAAAACUCCGAUGCGCAGCAUCUCAUACAAUGAGGAAGAGAUCUUGGACUUGGCUCCGAGUCAACAAGAUCAGGUCCACCAGGCGUCGAUUUUGCUCUACGGACUGAUUCACGCACGGUUCAUUCUUACGGGACACGGACUUGGUCAAAUGAUUGAGAAGUACCAAAACGGAGAUUUCGGACAUUGUCCUCGGGUUUACUGUGAAAACCAGCCCAUGUUGCCGAUAGGAUUAUCUGACGUGCCCGGCGAUGCUAUGGUGAAACUAUAUUGUCCUAAAUGCAUGGAUGUGUACAACCCGAAAAGUUCUAGACAUCAUCAUACUGACGGUUCGUUCUUCGGCACCGGAUUUCCACAUGUACUUUUUAUGGUUCAUCCGGAAUAUCGUCCGAAGCGUCCUACCAACCAGUACAUUGCGAGGCGAGUAUCCAUGGAAUAUAGUUGA